AUGACUAGUGAAGCGCAAAUCACUAACAUUGUAAACGAUAUUUUAAAAGUAGAAGCUAUUGAAGAAGCAUUCAGUUGUGUUUUGGUAUAUCAUCCAAAUAGUGAAAACGAAAAAUUAGCAACAUGGCAAACAGAGUUAACAUCCGCUAUGUCCAAUUUACCCAAAGAACAGCAAGAAAGUGCUGUAAGGCAAUUUUUAUCAAUGGCAGCAGCUAUGACUAAUCAUAGGAGGUUGCAGCUAUUAUUAUCCUUAUUGGAAAAUUUAGUUACAUCUAAUGUUUUACCAGCAAGACUUGUAUGUGAGUGUAUAUUAACUUGUGACAAACUACAAUAUCAAUUGGAAGACUUUUGGGUAGAAUGUUUUGUCCUCAUACGGCAUAUUAUUGGAGGAGUUGAUUACAAGGGUGUUAGAGAAAUAAUGAAAGGUUGUAAAGAAAAAGCUCAGACAAUCCCAGCAAGAUUAAAUGCAUCUAUUCAACCACAAUUAAAAGCUUUAGAGAAUGUAAUUGAGUACAUUUUUGAUAGAAAUGCUUGCCUUUUACCAGGUUAUUUUAUAGUGAAUGAAAUUCAGAAAGCUUAUCCUGAUGGAAAAAAUUGGCCACAUUGGAAACUAGCAAAACUACUUUCAAAUUUUGUUGAAAGCUUUCGCAACACAGCACAAAUGGUGUCCAUAGUAGGACAUUCAAAAAUGUUACCAGUUGUGGAACACACUGGAUAUGCAGAUUUGAUUAAUCCAUGGGUACUGGAUACAACUACAUUAAAAUUUUCAUUGAAAGGAAAUUUACCUUACGACGAAGAUCUGCUUAAAUCGCAAACUGGAUUACUUAGAUACGUAUUGGAACAACCCUAUAGUAGAGAUAUGGUGUGUUCAAUGCUUGGUCUACAAAAGCAGCAAAAGCAACGGUGCGUAGCUUUGGAAGAACAGUUAGUGGAACUUGUGAUUCUCGCUAUGGAACGUGCAGAAAAUGAAUCUUUGCCAGCAGAAGGAACAGAUGGAACGGUUGCGAAUCACUACGUAUGGUUGCAUCUUUCGUCGCAACUUAUAUAUUUUGUACUUUUCUCGUACGCCUGUUUCCCAAGCAUCGUAAUGGCGAUACACGAUAAAUUAACAGGCAGAGAGCUAAGAAAAGGAAGAGAUCACUUGAUGUGGGUCUUGUUGCAAUUUAUUUCUGGAAGCAUUCAAAGAAACCCCCUAUCAAACUUUUUACCAGUAUUAAAAUUAUACGAUCUUCUUUAUCCGGAAAAGGAACCUCUACCUGUUCCGGAUUAUACUCAAGCGUUAUGUACACAUCAAAUGGCUAUCACCUGUAUAUGGAUACAUUUAUUGAAGAAAGCUCAGUCUGAACAUUCGAAUAUUCACAGACCGAUACCGCAUACAUUGAAACUUCAUCAUGAAUUUUUGCAACAUUUAGUUAUGCCAAAUACCUCUCUUUGCAUGGGAUCAGAUUAUCGCAUUGCCUUAUUAUGUAAUGCGUAUUCGACGAAUCAAGAAUAUUUUGGGAGGCCAAUGGCAGCCUUAGUUGAUACGAUACUCGGUACUCAAAAAGGUCAACAACAGCAACCGAUGCAAACGUUGCAGAACAAUGCAGCUCUCGCAAGCGGACCAACCACUCCACUGUCGAUGUCGAUCUUAGAUUCGCUAACCGUUCAUUCGAAGAUGAGUUUGAUUCAUAGCAUCGUUACUCAUGUCAUCAAACUAGCGCAAUCUAAAAGUAACAUGGCAUUAGCUCCUGCAUUGGUCGAGACUUACAGCAGAUUACUGGUUUACACGGAGAUCGAAAGUCUCGGUAUCAAAGGCUUUAUCAGUCAGUUACUUCCAACAGUUUUCAAAUCCCACGCAUGGGGAACGUUGUAUACGCUUCUGGAAAUGUUCAGUUACAGAAUGCAUCAUAUACAGCCGCAUUACAGAGUUCAACUUCUCUCUCAUUUACAUAGUCUGGCGGCUGUGCCACAAACUAAUCAGACGCAACUUCAUCUCUGCGUAGAAAGCACUGCUCUUCGGCUGAUCACUGGUUUAGGAUCUGCCGAAGUGCAACCACAACUGUCUAGAUUUUUGUCAGAACCGAAGACUCUUGUGUCCGCCGAAUCCGAAGAGUUGAACAGAGCUUUAGUAUUAACACUGGCACGGUCUAUGCACGUGACAGGAACAGGAUCGGACAGCCAUAGCGGUACAUGGUGCAAAGAAUUGUUGAACACAAUCAUGCAGAAUACACCGCAUUCGUGGGCUAAUCAUACUCUGAAAUGUUUCCCACCGGUACUGAGCGAAUUCUUUCAACAAAACAGCGUACCGAAAGAGAACAAACAGCAGAUCAAGAAAGCUGUUGAAGAAGAGUAUCGAAAUUGGGCAUCGAUGAGCAACGAGAAUGAUAUAAUAGCACACUUCUCUGUACCCGGUACACCCCCAUUGUUUUUAUGUCUCCUAUGGAAGAUGAUCUUCGAGACUGAUCGUAUCAGUCCAAUCGCAUAUAAAAUUUUAGAGAGAAUAGGAGCUCGAGCUCUGUCGGCUCAUCUUCGAAAGUUUUGUGAUUAUCUUGUAUUUGAAUUCGCCAACAGCGUGGGCGGUCAACAUGUAAAUAAAUGUGUAGAUACGAUCAACGAUAUGAUAUGGAAAUAUAAUAUAGUCACCAUUGACAGACUGAUCCUAUGCCUAGUAUUAAGAACUCACGAAGGAAGCGAGGCUCAAGUAUGCUUUUUUAUCAUUCAGUUAUUGUUACUUAAAGCUAUCGAAUUUCGCAACAGAGUGCAAGAAUUUGUAAAGGAAAACUCACCGGAACACUGGAAGCAAUCGAACUGGCACGAGAAACAUCUUGCAUUUCACAGAAAAUUUCCGGAAAAGUUUGCCCCUGAAGGUAUUAUGGAACAAACAAGCGGAGGGCCUAGUCAAUAUCAAAGUUUACCAGUUUACUUUGGAAAUGUGUGCUUAAGAUUUUUACCAGUUUUCGAUAUCGUUGUACAUAGGUAUCUGGAAAUUCCAGCUGUAGCGAAAAGCUUAGAAGCAUUGUUGGAACAUUUAGGAUGUUUAUACAAAUUUCAUGAUCGACCUGUAACAUAUCUUUACAACACAUUACACUAUUAUGAACGGAAAUUAAGGGAUAACCCGCCUCUUAAACGACGUUUAGUCUUCGCAGUUUUAGGAUCUCUGAGAGAAAUUAGAGCACCAGGAUGGGCACUUUCAGAAGCUUACCAAAUGUACAUGACUCGAUCUACCGACGAUGUUGUCACUUGGAUGCCGGAAUUAGAUUAUUACAUCCGUUUAGUGCAAAGAAUUGUCGAAACAAUGUCAGGUAUGGCUCAUUUUCCCGCUACUGAUUGGAGAUUUAACGAAUUUCCUAAUCCUGCCGCCCAUGCGUUGUAUGUUACGUGUGUUGAGUUAAUGGCUGUUCCUGUUGCUCCAAAUUUAGUUGCUAAUUCGUUAUUAGAUGUGGUUGCAAAAGGGUAUACAGUAAUACCGUCGGAUGAAAUUCAUUUGUGGAUUAAUUGUGUGGGAUUGUUAUUAGCUGCUUUACCAGAAUGUUAUUGGUCGGCACUUCAUGAUCGUCUGGUAGAAACUAUUAGCAGUCCAGGAUUAGCUAACUGGCAAUAUAAUAAUUUAACUCCGUUUCAAAUGUUCAAUUUCAAUAAUACCCAUAAUAGUCUGUUAGAGAACAAAUACAGUUAUAUGUUAGCAUUGGCACAUUCUGUUUGGCACCAUGCUGGUGUUGGACAAAUAACAACUAUGCCUCAAUUUAUUAAGGAAAACCUUCAACCAGUUGUGAAUAGCGAAGAGCAAUUGAUAUAUGCUUGUCAUUUAAUUGGACCCACGUUAGCAAGAUUUAACGCUGAAAGACCAAAUUGUGUCGUGGAAUUAGCAGUUUGUUUAUAUGAGAUGCUCGAACAAGUGGAUCGUCUUCAGUCUCAUCUAAAAUACAUGGAUCCAGUUUGUGAUUUACUGUAUCACAUAAAAUACAUGUUUGUUGGUGACAUGAUGAAGAACGAAGUCGAAUGCAUUAUACGAAGACUAAGGCCAGCUUUGCAAAUGAGACUACGUUUUAUUGCUCAUAUAAACAUAGAUGAAAUUCAAUCUUCCUGAGACAAUCCCAGCAUGUCCAAUACGGAAGUAAAUACAUGCUAAUAUUGAGUAUUGCACUUGUGUACACAUCUGCUUUUUUGUGUAUGUACUUUUUCAUAAGCAACGUAUUAUAAAUAUGUCGAAAUUUCUUAUCAGAACUUCAAAGUAUUUUACAAUACAUUUUCUACAUUUUUCUUUAUGUAAAAUAAAAAUAUUUCAACGAAUAACUACAUACUAAAGUCCAAGUUGCUUUAUCUAAACAGUAUAUUUGUCAUAAUAGAAGGCAUGAGUUAUAAAGCUCGUUUAUAUGUAUUCAUAUAGUAACUGUUCCUAUUUAUAAGCAAUACUGUUCGAUAUGUUUUAAACAUUAACGAGAAAUUCAAUUAAACAAUUACUGUAAUACUGUAAUUUAUACCCCGUAUGAAUCAUUUGAGAAACCUAUAUAAAUCAAAAAAUGUAUUAUCACAUAUUAAGGGAUUUAAAGCUUAUCGUAAUCAAGCUUUCCCGCUCUCAUAUUCUCGAUUGAUUCGGCAAAUUUUUCAUGCGAACACUCAUUUUCCUGUACAAAUGGUUGUACUUUCAUUUCCUGCAUCCAUUUCAGCUAAGAAAAAUACAUUUGAGAAAUUAUUGUAUAUUUUAAUAUGUAAGAUUAUUUGUAUUAAAAAAGAAAAACUAUUAUACUUACUAUAUGCGGAAAAUUUUCAUGAUCAAAAUUCGUGGGUUCUUUAUAAAUUAGCGGUAAAGCUUUUCGGCGUUCAACCCAUGGCCACAUUAAUAUAUCCAACAUACCAGGCUGUGAGCCUAGAAAAAAUGUGAAAGAAUAGUGUCCACAUCAUUUUUGGCGAUCAUUAUUUUUCUUUGAUAACUAAUACCUCCAAAGAAAGUAGUUCCACGAGCUUUAAGUUCUUCUUCAAAUUCUACUAACAGAGAUGAUAUUUCAGUUACAAUUUCGCUAAGUGGUCUUUUAUCCUUAUCAUGUAUACAAUUUGAAAAAACACCAACAAUCUGAAAUUAAUAAAUUAUUGAAGAAACAAA